UUAUAAGAUUUGUUUUUUACAAGAAGCAUCUGCAAUACAGGUUUCUUUUCCCCCUUCUCAAACUAAAACCACUCUCAUCAUAAACGACACUGUCGUUCAUUACCUACAACCAUGGCUACUGACAAAUCGGUGCUUGCGGUUAUCAGAGCCGCGAGACCAACCUUCCGCAACCAAAACGACAAAAUUGCCUUCGUCGUACACUCCUCUUUCCUCGCUUCCGGUUACAUCCUCACCGCCACAGGUCCUCUAGCCCUCUCCGAUACCGCGCUUUCCAACUCCUCCAAUGAUGAGGUAGCUGUUGAUCAUUGGAACGAGCUUAACGAUGAGUAUGCGUUUGUUUACUUGAACCCGGAAAAGGGUGGGAAGAAAGUGCUUGUUAAGUGUCUUGUGAUGAAUGAGAAAUUGCUUGUUCAUGCUUUGUCCGAAGGGUUUCCGGAGCCUCUACAUCUUGAGAUCAAUGUUGGGGACUACUCUGGGGAGGAUGGAGGUAGCAAUUUUUCUCAGCAGUUCAAGAAUUUAGACAAGUUGGUGAAGAGAAUAGAUGCAGAUAUUUUAUCAAAAUUAGAUGGUUCUUCCAAUGCAAGCUCCUCAACUAAAAGCUCAGAAACCAGUGAAAAAAGAGGAUUAGAGACAUCUGAACCUGUUCCUGGUUUUGGUGAACCUGCUGGUCCUUAUGAUCAUAACCCUGGAUUUAUUAUCCCUCCAGUUGGCAUCGGUUCUGGUAGUGAUCUUUUUCCAGGGCCUGUUGCCGGUGUGUAUCCUUCAAGGGGUGAUCAUGGUUUUGGAGGCAGCAUGCUCGUAGGGCCUAAUGACUCUCGUUGGUUUGGUGGCGGUAUUGGUGGAGGACCUGCUUUUCCUGGAGGAUUGCCGGGUGUUCCCCCCGGUGCUCGAUUUGAUCCUAUUGGACCUCCUGGUCUCCCUGGUUUUGAACCCAACAGAUUCGCAAGGAAUCCUAGAAGGCCAGGAUAUGAUGCUCAUCCAGAUUUGCAACAUUUCAGAAGAGAUACUGAUUCAGAUUACAUAUAGUUGCACUGAUAUUAUAAACAACUCUCUUCACUUAAUAUUUCUAUAAAUUGUAUAUUUGUUAAGAUUUAAGUAUUUAUUAUAAAUUUUGUUCAAAUAGGAUUUGUAUAUCCUUAUGCUUUUGUUUGUUGAUUAUAUCAAUAAUCAAGAUACCAGACUUUAUACUUA